AUGAAAGAAAAAGAAAAACGAAAAAAAAAGAAAAAAAGAAAAAAGGAAAAGAAAAGGGAGAGAGCGAAAAACAGAGGCGGAUUCCAAAGCGAACCCAAAAUCAAAAUCCAUAAAUCGGGCGGAAUCCGUGCGGAUCCCUGGAUUCCCUUAAAAACGCUUCAGAACAAUUCUUCUCUUCAUUUACCCCGCUCUCUCCACAACACAAACAGAGAGAGAGAGAGAGAGAGAGAGAUUUCGUCACCGAAAGACAGGGUUUUUCUAGGGUUUCAAUUGAAAGAGGGAGGAUCUGAUACAAUGGAGGAGAAAGAGCUGGAAGACCAGCUCGUUGAAGCCGGGACUAAGCUCUUCGAGAGCCCGCCGUCUGCUGUCGACGAGCUUCUUAAUCUCCUCAACCAAGUUGAGAGUUGCUUAUUGAGGGUGGAACAAUCACCAUCUAAGUCAAUGUUGACUGCCCUUCACCCAUCAAUGAAGGCAUUGGUUGCAAAAGAGAUUUUGAGACAUUCAGAUAUGGAUGUGAAAGUUGCAGUAGCAUCUUGUAUCAGUGAGAUCACGAGAAUAACUGCACCAGAUGCUCCAUACGAUGAUGAUUUAAUGAAGGAGAUUUUUCAGAUCAUAGUCACAGCAUUUGAGAAGCUGCAUGAUAUGUCUGGUGCUUCAUAUUCUAAGAGGGUUUCUAUUCUCGAAACUGUGGCAAAGGUUAGGUCAUGUGUUGUGAUGCUAGACCUCGAAUGUGAUGCUUUGAUUCUUGAGAUGUUCCAUCAUUUUCUCAAAGCAAUAAGGGAAAGCCAUCCAGACAAUGUUUUUUCCUCCAUGGAGACCAUUAUGACCCUUGUACUUGAGGAGAGCGAAGAUAUUUCAUCAGAGCUGCUCUCGUCCCUCUUAAGUAGUGUGAAAAAUGAAAAUAAGGAUGUUUCACCCAUUGCUCACAGAUUAGGAGAGAAAGUAAUUGGUAACUGUGCUGCAAAGCUGAAGCCGUACAUGAUGCAAGAAGUUCAAUCUGGAAGUAUAUCAUUGAGUGACUACUGUAAAAUUGUUGCGUCUAUUUGUGAAGAGACACUUGAUGCUCCGGAUCGUAAUGAUUUAAACGCUUCUGGUCAACAUCUGGCAGAUGAGAACAAACUAUCCAUGAAGAACGAGUCUGAUGUGCUACCUCAGUUGUCUGUUGAUCAGGGGCCUGAGAAGCUGGAGCCAGAGGCUUGCCCUGGAGAAAUUGAUCCUCCGUUGGAUAAAUCAUCAACAGCAGUGAUGAGCAAUGGUACUAUUCAGACAGCGGAUGAUGGUUCCUUAAUCGAUGCAGAAUCUCCUGGAAAGAAGCUGGAACAUUCUCAUGAUAGUAGCCAAUCCAAAAUUACUGUUGCUACAACAAAAGAUGAGACUGACCAUCUGGAAUCCUCAAAACCAGAACCAGUGCCGGAUCAAUCUAUUAAGAAAACAAGAACUCGGAAAACUAGUUCAUUAACACAUUCAACAGAGACAUCUGAUGAUUCUCUAAUGGAGUCUGAAAAGGUAGCUCCAGAACUUCCAAAGAGAAAAAAGGGUCGCAGCAAGGAAGCUGAUAAUUCACUUUCUGAAGGUCCAUCUAUCAAGGAGGCAACUUUGCCAUUAGAAAAUGAAAAGAAGCCUGAAGUUUUAUCGUCUGCAAGAUCAGUUGAUGAAAUUGCAAGUGUUGCUUCACCAUCCUCAAAUCCAAAUCAGAGCGUACCUGAAGGUACUCGUCCCAGAAGGGGCCGCCCUAUGUCAAAGAAGAAAGGCGGUGCAAAUGCAGAAGCUGAUCUGCCUGGUUUGCCUUCAGAACCAAAGGGAGCCUUAUUAAAUGAUCAGACUGCAGAUGAUGCACCACAAUCUACGGAUAUUAUGUCAAAGAAGGAACCGGAUGGUAACAGUGAUGUGGAAGCUAAAUUACCUAAACAUUCAGGUAAAAAGGCAGAUGCCGGGAAUGUCAAUGAGGAUGAAAAGCAGCCAUCUGAAGAUACUGGCUCAAAAAAAGAUCCUGAGGGAAUGAGUGAUUCAGAAGAGAAACCAUUGAAGCGCUUUAGCAAGGUGCGUGCAGGGAAUGCGACAGGGGGUGAGUCAUCUGUAAAGCAGCCGGGAGAUAAGACAAAACGGCGAAAGGGAACUCCCACUACUGACAAAAGUAUAACUGGAGAAUCCAGUCAGAAGAAAUUGGUUUCUUCACCCAAGGGUUCUAGAAAGGCAUCAAUAGAUGAUCAGGAAAUUCUGAAGACAAAAUCCAAGCGAAGUCGUGUUCCAGUGACAGAAAAGACAGCUGAAGGUCCUGGUGAAAACCUUGUUGGCUCUAAGAUUAAGGUCUGGUGGCCAGAGGAUAAGACGUAUUAUCAAGGUGUUGUUGCUUCAUUUAACCCAGUUGACCAUAAGCAUGAGGUUUUAUAUGAUGAUGGUGAUAAGGAGAACUUGCUGCUCACAAAAGAGAAAUGGGAGUUAAUUGAAGGUGACAGUGCACUGGAUGAGGAACAAGCAACUGAUGUUCAAAGUCCUGAUGCUUCUGAAAUGCGGCGGCAGAAGAAAGCAAAAACAAGUUCAGAUUCUUCAUCCAAGCUAGGAAAGACAGAUGCACCAUUAAAAAGGGGAGGAGCUUCAGCAAGCAAAUUGAAGGAUGUUGGUCCAAAAGCAAGCAAUAAAUCCAAGGGCGAUGUUACUAAAUCUGGCGGUAAACAGAAGGGUGAUGAAGGUAAGCUUGCCAGCAAAUCUGAAGACGGUGCCCCCAAAAGUGGCAGUAAAUCCAAGGGCGACACUCCUAAAGCUGGUGUUCGAUCCAAGGACGAAACUAGCAGUAAAUCUAAGGAUGACACGCCUAAAGCAGACAGAAAAACCAAGGACGAUUCGCCCAAGACUAGCCGCAAAUCGAAGGAUGACACUCCCAAAGUGGGGAGCAAGCCCAAGGAUGAAGCUCCUAAAGCAGGCAGCAAAUCCAAAGACGAAGCUCCUAAAGCGGGCAGCAAAUCCAAGGACGAAGCUCCUAAAGCAGGCAGCAAAUCCAAGGAUGAAGCUCCUAAAGCAGGCAGCAAAUCCAAAGACGAAGCUCCUAAAGCAGGCAGCAAAUCCAAAGACGAAGCUCCUAAAGGGGGCAGCAAAUCCAAGGACGAAGCUCCUAAAUCAGGCAGCAAAUCCAAGGAUGAAACUCCUAAAGCUGGCGGCAAAUCCAAGGACGAAACUCCUAAAGCAGGCCCUAAAUCCAAGGACGAAACUCCUAAAGCAGGCCCUAAAUCCAAGGACGAAACUCCUAAAGCAGGCCCUAAAUCGAAUGACGACACUCCUAAAGCUGGUGGGAAACCAAAAGUUUCUACUACUAAAACAAGCAGCAAAUCUAAUGCAAAUGGUGCAUCUACAAAGGGGAAAUCGGUUCAGUCAAAGGCAAAGGAAAGUGAGGACACCACCAAAGGGAAAUCUGGUUCGUCGGCAAAAGCACAAGAAAGCGAGUCGAAGAGUGGGAAGAAGCGAAGGAGAGGGCUCCAAGGUUAAUUUACUCAAGAGGCCUAACCGAUCAAGUGGAAGAGAUGCCAUCUGUCUCCUAUGAUCCUCUCAGGUAAAUAUGUCUCUAUUUAAUCCUCUCCUUUCCUUUUUCCUACAUGUUUUUGGCUCGGCGGUGUGUAUCUGUUGGCACAGCUGCACUCUGCCUUCACUGGCCCAAGCGUUUCGCACUGUCAAUGCUGACAUUCCAAGAACCAUGGCUAGUGACAUGGGAUUCAUUUGAUGGGUUUAAAAUGAUGAAUUGGGGGUCUUGUAAGGUUGGGCAUUCUAUGUUAGGUCAUGUGUUUUGAGAUGCGAAUCAUAUGUAGUACAGAGCUUGGGAGUAGAUUGUCUUUGAUGUUUUUUCCUCA